AUGAGUAAUUGGAAGGCCGUAAAUGACGAACAAAGUUAUGGUAUAGUGAUUUACAAUUUCAACUCUCCGGAAGAAUACAAAUUGAAACUGACAGUCGGAGAUGCCGUUCACAUACUGGAAGAGGAAAAAAACUGGUACUACGGCUACGUCAUCGGUACUCGAGAUGCCAAAGGUAUAUUUCCCAAAAGCUACGUGCACACGAAGCACUGCGAACGCGUCGAAGCCUUGGGACCCGUGCUAAAAGAGCCUCCGAUCACCAGAGAAAUAACCACUGUGAUACGGGAAUGGGGGAUGCAUUGGAAGAACCUGUACAUAACGCACAAUAAAGAUUUCGAGCAAAUGAAAAACCAAAUAUACGAUCUGCUAUCGCACCGCAGCAAAAUAAUCAGCGGUACUUUGCCUGUGGACGAAAUGAAGCGCGUCGCGAAGAAGGCCAUCGAGGAGAUCGACAUGGGCAACAAAAUGCUCGGGUUAGAUUUGGUGGUGCGGGACAAAAACGGCAACUUCAUCGAUCCCAACGAGACCAGCACGUUGCAAUUGUACUAUCUGCACAAAAACGCCACGGAACGCAUGAACAACAGGUCGAAAAAAGACGCGAAGGAAACCCAACCGAAGACGGCCAUCCAGCAGUAUUCCAACAUAUUCCUGGUAGCGGUGCGAAAUUUCACGUUCAAAAUGUCCGAAGACGCCGAGUUAUUGAUGACGUUGUACGACGGCAAAGAGUUGAGGUCUUUCACCGAAAACUACGUGGUUCGAUGGACCAAAGAAGGCCUGAUGAGCGAUUUAGAUCAAAUGCACAACUUGCGGGUGAUGUUUACGGAUUUGGGCAAGAGGGACCUGGAACGAGAGAAGAUUUACCUCGUUUGUCUGGUAAUCAGGAUCGGCGCGAUGGAUACCAAAGAACCGGACCACCGGAGGAGCUCGGUCAGCGCAAAUAACAAGAAGAACUACAACGAGAACAUGCGCAGACCAUGCGGAGUCGCCGCCUUCGACAUCUCCCCUUACAUGAACGGCAAAUUGGAGACCGAUUUGGAGAAGGAAUUCGCCAUUCCGUUCAUCAGUUGCGAAAAGGACAAUUUAGAGCAAACCUUGAGGAAAACGAUAACCAAGGAGAAAUUCGAGAACAAAAAUCAUUCGUUGUUCGUCAGCAUGAAACUCCUGCGAGGCGAUUUGAAACAGGUUCGCGAAGAAAAUCCCCAUUUGGUGUUGGGCAACGUUUCGGUGGCGAGGAAAAUGGGUUUCCCCGAGGUGAUCCUUCCGGGCGACGUGCGAAACGAUCUCUAUCUCACCCUGCUCAACGGCGAGUUCAGCAAAGGCAACAAGAAGAGCGACAAAAACGUCGAGGUCACCGUGAGAGUGUGCAACCAGAAGGGCCAACCGAUUCCCGGCGUGAUCAGCGUAGGCGGCGGCGUGCCGUUGAUAGACGAAUACAAAUCGGUGAUCUACUAUCACGAGGACAAGCCCCAAUGGCACGAAACGUUCAAAGUGGCCGUGCCCAUCGAGGAGUUCAAAACCAGCCACUUGAAGUUCGUCUUCAAGCAUCGAUCGUCGAACGAGGCCAAAGACAAGAGCGAGAAACCGUUCGGCAUGUGCUACGUGAAGCUGAUGGAGGACGACGGGACGACCCUGAAGGAUUCCAAGCACAAUUUGAUCGUCUACAAAAUCGACUACAAGAAAUUCGACGAGAGCAGCUUGGAGUAUUUCACGUUGCCUUCGAAGCUCGACGACGUCAACAAGGAGAAACCGCAAAUCGCCGGUUUGAGCAUGUCGACGAAGGACUCGUUCAGCAUAUCGACCAACAUAUGCUCGACGAAAUUGACCCAAAACGUGAAAUUGCUGGGCCUGUUGAAUUGGGCCUCGCACAAGGACACGUUGCUCGAGUCGCUGAACGCGCUGCGCGACGUGGACGGCGAGGAGGUGGUGAAAUUCCUGCAGGACAUACUCGACGCGUUGUUCAACAUACUGAUGGACAAUCCGGAGACCGACACCUACGAUUCGUUGGUGUUCGAAUGCCUGUUGGAGAUCAUCAGUUUGGUGAGCAACGAUUGGAAGUACCAGCAUUUCGAGCCGGUGCUCGACCUGUAUAUAAAGGAGAGCUUCAGCGCCACGUUGGCUUACAAGAAGCUUAUAUCGGUUUUGAAGACUAUAGUGGGCCGGGCCAGCGAUGCUACGUUCGCUUCGAAAGCGUUGAUAUUCAAAACGAUGAAGUGCCUGCAGUAUUUUAUCAAAUUCGUGGCUCGAAGCAGGAUAUUGUACAAGGAAUUGUAUCCGGAAUUCGACGCCGACGACGAUUUCGUGGAGAGCAUGAGAGAUCUCCUGCAAAAUAUCAUCUACAUGAUGUCUUCCAGUAUUGAAAAUUUGAUUAGGGAACAAGGAGCGUGCCUUAAGUAUUUGCCGAGUUGUAUACCCGACGUUUUGCUCGUCUUCGACCAAAGAGAAUUGAGUACGAUAUUGUACGAUAUGCUGAACAAUAUGCCUCCGGGGAGGCUUACGAAGCAGAAAAUGAUGACGAUCAACGAGAUUAUUCACAGUAAAUUGUUUCUGUAUCCCGAAUGCAGGAAAAUCCUGCUGCCCAUAAUAACCGAUCAAGUGAAAACGUUGUUUACGACCAAAGAGGAGGGUGUAACGAGACAGGACGGCAGAAGGCAAAACAGAUCGGUGGCCAAAGUGGCUCAACUGCUCGGUACAACGGAGCAUUUCGUCAACCAGCAUGUCGGAUAUCCGGAAGAGGUGGAAUGGUGCAUAAAAAACAUGAGCGACAUAUUGGAAUUGCUGUUCAGGAAAGACGUCGGACCGACUUUCAACGAUAUCUCGGAAAUUAUCCAAUCUGCCCUACGCACGGUCAUACAGAGUCACAUAAAAAUGGAAAGGGACAAUCCGCAUGCGAGUAAUUUAGUGGCCGUAAUGAUCGACAUCUUCCGUCAAAUGACCAACGAACACUACAACAACUACAUAAACAGCUUCUCGACGAACUUCGACGUGCUGGACUUCCUCAUGGAGAUCCUGGUGGUGUUCAAAGAGCUGGUCAGCAUCGUCGUGUUCCCGCCGGACUGGUACGACAUGAUAAUGCUCCAAAACAACGUCAUACUGAAGUCGUUGCGGUACUUUUCGCACACCAUACGCGACUGUUUCUUCCAAAAGUUCGAGCACGACGCCUGGAGCAAUUUCUUCCACUGCGCCAUCGCCUUCAUGACGCAGGACGCCCUGCAAUUGGACCAUUUCUCGGUCAACAAGCGCGUGCGCGCGCUCGACCUCUACAACGACAUGCGCGUCGAGAUGGGCUUCGAGAUCAAAUCGAUGUGGUUCAAUUUGGGCCAGAACAAAGUGCAAUUCGUACCGUCGUUGGUCGGUUUGAUCUUGGAGAUGACGCUGAUACCGGAGCCGGAGCUGCGCAAGGCCACCAUCCAGAUAUUCUUCGAUAUGAUGCAGUGCGAGUUCUAUUCGUCGCGCUUCGAAUCGGAGAGCUACGGCGACACGAAGCGCGAUUCGUCGCACAUCAAGGCGAACUUCGCCGAUUUCGAGAACGAGAUGAUCGUGAAGUUGGACGCGCUGUUCGAAGGCGGCAAGGGCGAUCACGAGUACAGGACGUUGUUCCACGAUAUCAUGGUGGAUUUGUGCUCGAAGCACACCACCAUGAACGAGGAGGGCGUCAAAUUCGUCAAGAUCGUAUCGAGAUUGAUGGAGAGCCUGCUCGAAUACAGGAGCAUCAUCACCGACGAGAACAAAGAGAAUACGAUGAGUUGUACCGUUAAUCUAUUAGAUUUCUAUUCGGAGAUCAACAAAAAGGAGAUGUACAUUAGGUAUUUGAACAAGCUGUUCGAUUUGCAUUUGGAAUGCGACAAUUACACGGAGGCCGCCUACACGUUGGAAUUGCACGCGAAAUUGUUGCAUUGGUCCGACGAGAGUUUGAGUUGUCUGUUGAAAGGCGACAAAUACGUCGAGGCCAAGACGCACAGGCAAUUGAAGGAGGCCUUGUACUAUACGAUCAUCGAGAACUACAGCAAAGGAAAGAUGUGGGAGUACGCGAUAUCGAAAUGCCAAGAGCUGGCCGAGCAAUACGAACGCGAAACGUUCGACUACGAACGGCUGAGCGAUCUCUACAAGCGCAUGGCCGUCUUCUACGACGACAUCAUGAAGAAGGCGCGGCCGGAGCCGGAGUACUUUCGCGUCGGCUACUACGGUCGCGGCUUCCCGAUGUUCCUGCGCAACAAGGUGUUCGUCUACAGGGGCAAGGAGUACGAACGCCUGGCCGAUUUCAACGCGCGCGUCCUCAACGAGUUCCCCAAGGCGGAGCUGUUGAACAAGCUCGCCCAGCCCGGCGACGAGAUCAUCAAUUCCGACAGGCAAUAUAUCCAAAUCAACAAAGUGGAUCCGGUGAUGGACGAGAAGAAGCAACGGUUCUCGGGCAAGCCGGUGUCGGAUCAAAUCGUGAAAUUCUAUCGCGUCAACGACAUACAGAAGUUCGCGUUUUCGCGACCGUUCGCGCGUCGCGAUCCGUUGAUCGAGAGCGCCAACGAGUUCGCCCACUUGUGGUUGGAGCGCACCGAAUUGACCACCACCUAUUCGUUGCCGGGCAUAUUGCGUUGGUUUCCCGUCGAACGGGCGCAAAUCCACGAGAUAUCGCCGUUGCGCAACGCCAUCGAAACGAUGGAGAGGACCAACAAGACGCUGUUGAAUUACGUGGUCGUCUACAACAAGGACAAGAACAUGCAGAUCAAUCCGUUGAGUUUGACGUUGAACGGUAUAUUGGACGCUGCCGUGAUGGGCGGCAUAAAGAACUACGAGGACGUGUUCUUCACGUGCGUCUACGAAACGCACCAUCCCGAAGACACCGUCCUCGUGCAACGUUUGAAGGAUUUGAUCGCCGAUCAGAUACCGCUGUUGGAUCUGUGCAUACAGAUCCACAAGCAAAAGGUGCCCGACAACUUGCAGCCGCUGCAGAAGCGGCUCGAAGAGCGCUUCGCCGAGAUGAAGGCCGACGUCGAGGAGAAGUACGGCAAGAAAGAUUGCGAUUUGAAGUUGGAAAAUGACGUACAAAUGCGUAGGCAUUACAGCAUAACGAGUGAUAGUAGAUUAUCUGAUGUUACCAUAACGCCUGAUAACGUUGACAAUCGCAGUCGGGUAUCGAGUUUAACCAGAAGUCAAGUGGCGUCGUUGAGAAACUUUACGGCGAAUUUUAAUUUCGCCGCCGCAUCGCCUCUGGUUAAUAGCAGAUCCAACCAGCACCAGGGGCACGGCAAGGGCGCCGGCGCGUCGCCGUCGAAGAGCCUCGGCGGGACGCCGUCGCUGGGAUCGAAGAAGGUCCACAAGCCGGCGAAGGAGAAGCGCCGGUCGAGCAAGAGCGACGCCGCCGGCGUCGCGGCGCUCGAGAAAUCGGCCACGUUGUGGUACACGUCGGACGGGGACGGCGCCGGCAAUCACAAGAGCGCCGGCGGCGGCGGCGGCGCCGUGUUCGAAUUGACGCAAGAGUUGCACCCUAAAAGACCUCUUCGUUCCGAAGUGGAGAGAGAGAAACGGUUAAGUCGUCCGACGAGCGGUCAAUAUUCCAGACCUAACAGUCUUUCUAUAAACAUUAGAGGCGCUGGAAGUUCUGGAACGAGUAGUAACAGAGAUUCGAUAGGUACCACGGAUUCCAGCAUAAGCGAGGAGGAUUUGGUACCGCCACCGUUACCAGUGAAGCAUCGUGAUAGCGAAAAUUGCAGCAACAAUAACGCGCCGUUUAACGAGAGUUUUCUCUACUCCCAUCGGAAUUCCGCCUUGAAAGAUACAUUGGCGAUCAGAACGGACGAAUGUUUGGAGGCGGUGGCGGCGAACGUGCCGCCUACGCCGCCUCCUAAACCGCCCAAAAUUAAAAAUCCCCUCAAUUUACCGUCUUGA